AUGAAGGAAUUUGAGUGGUAUAGGAAACCGAUGUCAAAGAAUAUCCUUCUGCAUUCUCGAAGUGCACAUCCAUUGUACAUAAAGGCCAACAAACCUUAUCACAACGAAGACAAGGACACUAGAGAAUCAGGAGAGAUGGAUCGAAAAAUUGCAAGAAUUUUGGAAGAGAACGGCUACACGACGGAUCAACCAAGAACAUGGCGUCCUUUCUUUGCUGCGAGAGGAACACCGCUAGUUUUACCGUAUGUCAAUGAAAGAGUAGCAAAGAAGGUGAACGAUGUCGUCAAGUCUUCAGGUCUUCCAGUCCGAUUGAUAUUUCGACCACCCGCGAACUUGAAAAGCUUGCUGACAUCAUCACGGAUUUAUGAAGAAAAAUGUGGAGGAGGAACUGUUCGUACUGUGUCGAUCAAAAAAUUUGUCAGCUACGCGGGACAGUAUAUUUGGUCACAUGCGAAGGAUGCGGUCAGAAGUACGUCGGAAUCCAUUAUCCUACCCAGGAAGUGCGUUCUCGCGUCAUCGUGUGCUGUGCCACCGUCAAGAAGCACCCCCUUCUUAAAAGUUGCCAUAUUACACCGCACGAAGGAUGCCCCAUUGGAGAGAAAACUGCUUGAAGCGCUCGCUAUCAAGAGUUUAUCACCAGAAAUGAACAACAGGGAUGAGCUAAUGGAGGCAUUAAAAUUGAUAUCAUAG